GCAGAGUGGGUGUGUGGAGAAAUGAAGGAACAGGACAGCAGACGGCAAGGGACACCUCUGGGAAGGAGAAUGGAGGAUGACCGUGUUUUGCCCAUCACUGGUAGCUCACAAUCAGGCAGCUCAUCCACAAUGCAGGGUGUCCAAUCCAACCAUGACCACGGAGGCCACCAGUCUCCCUUCAAGAGCAAACGCCCCUCCAACUCCCGUCUUGGGAGGCCCUGUGGAGUGUUCCAGACCCCAGAGAUGUCAUCUUGGGGUGAAGGCUCCUAUGUCUGGAGUGUCUCUGGGCUCACUGGAGAAGGUGCUGGAUGCUCUGUGGCUUGGGAAACUGAAGCAGAAGCAGCAGACAAGGUUUGCCCUGAGUUGUGGAAGAAACCAAGCAGCAAUUCAGCACUUUCUCACCUGCCUCCUGCCCCCAAGCUCUUCCUGCUCCUGCCCUCAGCUGCUAGAGAAGCUAGUCCCCCCAUGGAGCUUAUCCCAGGGGAAGAAAGCAAAAAGGCUGGGGGCUUCCCGGCCCCAACAUAACCUUUCGCUCCCCGAGUUGAUGCAUCCCAGCUGCAGCGUGGCCCUGAGGGUCUUUGUGCCAGGGCAGACCUGGCUGUGGGGGUCCCACUGCCUACACAGCGGUUACAGGCAGCCCCGGAGGAGGCGUGUGGAGGACACAGCUGUGCUGCAGGAUGAACUGCAGCGUUUUGUUUCGAGGCAUGUGGCUCCUCCAGCUCCAUGCCCGCUCUGCCAUGUCCACCAGCAGCAGCCUGGGGAUGGGAACAGGGAGGGAUGCACUCAUCCCAGAUCCAUCUCUUUUAGCAUCGUUCCCGCUGCUGAAGGUACACGUCUCAAGGUGGAGCCAGAAAUAGCGCGGCUCUGUGCUGCAUCGGAGCUGGCAGGGCUGCAGGGUUUGGCAGGGGGACAGGCAUCCACUGCAGCAGUGGGAACUUUCCAGCCAGUGCCUGCGGGAGCAGCCAGUGCAGAGAUGGAGCUGUUUCAGACCAGCCCGGGGACUGCGGCUCAGCCCCUCUCAGCCCCUGGCCACGAGGGGUCACAGGCAGCAGUCACCCUGCGGCUCCCCAGGGAGGUGCUGGUGCCAACGCAGGGGACCAGCACUGAGCAGGAGGGGACAGAAAUAAUCGACCUGUCUCCAGAGGAGAGCGGUUGGGAUUGCGUCCCACCUGAGGUGCAUGAGCUGGGGCACAAGUUUUGGGUCCACCACUGAUUUGCUGCAGGACUCUGGGAAGUGAGCACAGCCUUGGUCUCUGCCCCUGUGACCCAUGGGCAGCAGGUAUCACCCUGAACGCCAGCCUCACGUGGGGCCCAGCGCUUGACCCAGGAGGUUUCUUAUCCCCUGAGGAGCCGGGGGUUGCAGCAGCUCCUAAAUCUCAGCCCGGCUCUGCAACCCACCGUGGACUGCUUCCCAGCCCCAGCAGCCAUCAGUGCAGCCCAGGACCACACGGCUUGCUGGGAAGCCCUGGGAAACGCUCAUUCCUCCCAGCUGAGGAUUUACUCAGGAAUGUUUCUGAGGUCAGGCCUCCUUGAGGAAACACCCCCAAACACCCCUGGAGAAAACGCUGAGUCUGGAGUAACCGCACACACCGCUCACUCAGCCAAAAAGUCACGCUGAUGAGUAGCCCUGGCUUCAGAGGGGUUGAGGCUGAAGUACUGUGGCUUGGUCUCCCUCUUUGCUGCGGGAAGGCAAACUCCAAGCCGCUGCAGGGUUGUCACCACUUCCCCCUAGCUGUUUCCUGUCAUGAUGUGAGCACAAGCAUUUUUGGGAGGUGAGUCAGAGGCUGCAAUGAGAACCACCUGGCCAGGCUGGGAGGCUCCAUCCAGAUUCUGGAAAGAGCGGGAUCUCCACUGCGAUGCUCGGUGCCUGUGGGCAGCAUCCCCAGAGCAGAACUUCUUACAAGUUACACAGCAUCCCACCACAGUCUUCCAUUUCUGUCCUGGGGAAGAAGAAGGAUUUACUGCUGCAGCUCCUGUGGCUUCUCUCCCUGCUGGGCUGGAAUCGGCAUGUUCUGGCCACCCCACCCAGGCUCCAGGGAGAGAUCUGGGAAAGAAGAAAGGGCAAAACUCAAUCCAACUCUCCAGUCCUGUCCUGGCACUGUAUCCGCACACAAUACACCCCCAAAGCACCCUGACACCCACAGGGCAGCACCGAGGCCCUGGUUUUCUUUGAGGAGCAAUGCUGGACCUGGCAGAGCUGAGAAACUGCCUUGACUGGUUGCUGAAAUUCAACAUAAAACCUGUUUCCUGGUAAAGGAACCUCCCUGUUUUUCUGUGCUGGGCUUUUCAAUUUUUUUGCUGUUAAAAAUGCAUGACCCCUUCCCUGCCGC